AUGAAAGAACAGAAAACUGAGCGUAGAGGCUCUCAGUUACCACCAGAUCAACGUUUUGGUUGCUUUAAUUUUCACCCAAAUUGGUUACAAGUAUUUAACCAUCAUUUAUGUUUGGCAUUCUGGAUUGGUAUUUGUCAACUUUUUUAUGGUUUUAUCACCACUGGUUAUGAUGCAAGUAUAGUUUCCACUAUACAGAAAGGAUUUGGUUUGAGUAGUGCUGAUAUUGGUGGCACAACGGUCUGCUAUAGCAUAGCGCAGUCAGUAUUCGGUAUCAUUAUAUCACAUAAAGCGGCACAUUCUCAUAAAGGAAAAUGGCUUGGUUUAACUGGACUCAUCACUGCCGCUGGAUGCAUCGUUUAUAUUUUGCCUCAUCUUGUAACUCCCAGUUACAGCACUUUAGAUUCAUAUCAGCUUUACGACAAUCAAUCUGAUUUUUGCUUGGAACAUAAUAGGUCGAUUCCUAAUGUCUGUCAGCAACAGAAUAUAAGCAAAGGAGUAUACCUUUUUAUUUUCUGUAUUGGUCAAUUUGUCUUGGGUGCCGGUACGUCUAUUCUCGCUACAGUCGGUUGGUCUUAUUUAGAUGAAAGCGUUAGCCCAGAUAUAUCUCCAGUAUUUACUGGUAUCAAUGUAAGUAUAAUCGGAUUAAGUACUGCUUUUGGCUUUGCUUUUGGAGGGACGGCUUUGGAUUUAUACGUCUAUUGGCCUUUUAGAAAGCCAGGCCCGGGAUUGACACCAAAUAAUCCAAACUGGAUUGGUGCUUGGUGGCUUGGUUACGUCCUUACCGGUAUAUGUGUGGCAAUAGGUUCGAUACCAAUGUUCGCUUUUCCUCGCCAUUUGCCAAAUUAUGAACUGUAUAAGAAACAACGUAAAGAGCAGGCUAUUGGUAAAUCAAGCGUUGAUAAACAGUAUGGCACAAAUCUGAAAGAAAUUAUACCAGCAUGUAAAGAGUUGUUAUGCAAUUUACCCUAUGUAUGCACUACAUUAAGUCUAGUAGGGCAUCUUAUAGUGCUAGCUGGUAUGGGAACAUUCCUUCCAAAGUAUUUGGAAGCACAGUACGGAAUAAGUGCAGCCGAUGCGAGUAUGUAUUCUGGCCUAAUAAUCGUUAUAGGAAUGCUGCUUGGAGUUAUACUGGUAGGGAUACUCCUGAAGAAAAAGAAAUUAGGCGUUUUAAUGUUGGCAAAAUAUAACUGGAUGGCUUGUUGUUUAAGUAUACUGACUGCAUUCGCGUUUAUCAUUACGAGAUGUCCAAGUACAGCUAUUGCUGGAGUAAAUGUUUCUUAUUUCAAUGAUACUUCCGCUAAAGGCACUAAUCACCUGGCCUAUAAUCUGAGUAUUGAAUGUAAUCUUGGCUGUCACUGUAGCACCGAUAAUUUUAAACCAGUAUGCGAUCAAAGAACUGGAAUAACAUACUUUUCGCCUUGUUAUGCCGGUUGUUUAUCUGGCAAUGAUAGCAUAGCAAAAGAGGAGAUCUUUUACAAUUGUAGUUGUCUAAGUGGUUGGAAUUUAAUGAACAACAGCGACGCAAUUUCUCAACAUGUUAUAAUGAAUUAUUGUCCGAAGCCCUGCAAUGCCUUAAUUCCAUUUUUAAUUUUAGGGACUUUAUUUGCUUUUCUAGUCUUCUGCACACUAAUACCUUCAUUUCAAAUUAUCUUUCGCUGCGUCCCAGAGAGCCAACGUUCACUUGCUCUAGCUAUAGAGAAGGCAAUUAUCUUGGUUUUAGCGACUACGCCAGGUCCUAUUAUAAUGGGUGCAUUUAUUGAUAGCGCCUGUAAUUUAUGGAAAGAAGACUGUGGUGAAAGAAAGUUCUGUUGGAUAUAUGACAGUCAUUCCUUGGCAUUAGCUAUAACUGGUGUUCUUGCAAUUAUGAAAGUGUUCUCAACGAUCUUUUCCUUUCUAACAUAUUACUUCAUGAAACGUGAUAUUGAACGAUAUGAAGUAGGAGAUGAACAGACGAUUAUAAAUGAAAACUUGAGUAGUGCAAGUAAAGAUGAUCAAUCCUUUCAUGAGCAUCCUUUACUACAACCUGAAGAUAUUUCCAAUGAUUUAGAGAAAUCAGUGGUAUUUUAA